AUGAGUUCAGCACAGGACUUUGACUCUAUAAGAGCCCACCCAAGGCGCCGUCCACUCAGGACAACUCAGCCAUCAGUUGUUCCGUCCGAAGAGCAAUCACCGUCAUUACCCUCGCGGCUCCGCCUUCGCAAAGGUGAAACAUUUAACCCAUCCAUCCUUCGCGCAUCCGACCGUGACCCUAUUGUACCCUCGCUACCUCGACGCUCUCCCACAUGCCCUGGCGCUUUGGAAGCUAUCGCCGCUGGACAACAGCGCAUGGCCGAAAUCUUGGACCGCCUUGACUUGAACGACGUCACUCCGUUGACCUCCGAAGAUAAAGAGAACCUUCCCGCCCCCAAGAGCUUUGCCCGGCUUCACCUUGAAGCACGGAAGGAGGGCUCUGGUGAGCGCUCUCGCCAGACCAGCCCCAUGCCCAAGGAACGUUCUCGGAGGGCUCAGAGAGUCCACUGCCAUGCUUCUGAUAGUGGAAUCGGCUCCUCUAUCAGCAGCAGUCAGUCUAUGUCGUCUAACAAAGGUACAUGGUCAAGGCCGGUUUUCUUCGCGUUUGCAUUCGCUAAUAACCUCUCAGUAAAAGCUGGCCAGCUGUCUCGUGGCAGCAACUCAGUCCUCACCCGCUCUCAAUCUGCCAUCACUCGUUCUAUCAGCGCCAUGGAGGCUGAAAGCUCCAAGAAGCACAAACUCAGCCCUGAUGGCCACGCGGAGAUUCAGAAGCACAUCCUUGGUCCCCUUCUCGAAAAUGAGCGACUCAAGCCAUUCCACCCCAUUCUUGAAGACGUCCGUCAGCAGAUUGAAGAUGAACGCAUCUCCUGCUUGCGUGACCUUGAGAAAACGGUGUUUUCGCUCGCUCCAGCAGUCAAGACCACCGAUGCCGCCUAUGUUCGGUUCUGCCAGCACACCAUUUUGUGUCUUGGUCAGACCGUCUCUUUCUUGAACGGCCGAGACUUGUGCACACCAACCGAUAAACCCUACAAUAACGGCUACUUCGUGGAUCUCUUGGAGCAGGUUUCGCAGUUCAAGAGAAUUCGUGACGAAUGGCGGAAGAAGCACGAGACCGAUGAGAAGCUAAAGGCUCCUGAACUUAGGCUUGAAGGUGGAAUCUCCAAAACUGGACGCCCUCUUGAAAUGGUUGUCGAGCAAGAUGGCGAGGCUGUCUCUCUACGCACUGGGAAGCCUUACGAAGAUCACUCUAUUCCUUCAAUGAAGCGGACUCUCAGCGCGGCGUCCGCGGACGAAGGUGCCCAGCGAUCUAUGGCUCGCCGCAAAAAGAAUGCGCCCCCCAUGAACAUCAACAAGAAGUGCAAGGAUUGCGAUAAGGUCUUUGCCCGACCAUGCGACCUCACGAAGCACGAGAAGUCCCACUCUCGUCCCUUCAAAUGUCCCGUUGCUUCCUGCAAGUACCACUCCAAGGGCUGGGCCACCGAGAAAGAAGCAGAGCGCCACUACAAUGACAAACACUCUGACGCACCCCGCUUGUACUCUUGCCAGUUUGAAUCUUGCUCUUACAAGUCUAAGAGAGAGAGCAACUGCAAGCAGCACAUGGAGAAGACGCAUGGAUGGGUGUACAUGCGCUCGAAGAACAACGGCCGAGUAACUAAGCUGGCCUCCAUCCAACAGAGCCCUACCCCAUCCAGUGGCUCUGCCCAGCCCAAGCCCGACAUCUGGAGCAUGACACCUCCCUCUGAAGUUGAAUUGAAGCAGGAGCCGGUUCACUGGGGCUCUUCAGCUCUCACACCGGAAACUCUAGAUUUCAAUAACUUUCAACAUUCUGUGACUGGGAUGCCAACGCCGGUGACAGGCACAGUGGAUGCUGUUACCCCCACUACGGGUACCAUUAACUCGCCCUCUGAGCCAUUUGAUCUGCCACUAGAAAACGCUCAUAUUCCAUUGGAUAUGUUCCCCGAGAUGAAGGACAACUUGUUGUUCACUGGCGGAGACAUGGACUUCACAGACUUCACCAAUAACCCAAACAUGUUCAAUGACUUCUACGGUGAUUUCACCUUGCAGCCACAGGGAAUGAAUUAUGGAGAUGUGCAGCAGCAACCUCAAUUCGAAGACGACUCCGCUGGCUUUUUGCUUGACGUUUACAACGAUAUGCACACUUACGGGAUUAACCCCGGCCCUGGCGGCGGUCUCUAA